GGGUUUUCUUCCAGUUCAGCAUGUCAGGGGAAGAAACCAAGACAGAGAUCUUCACAGUAACUGAUAUGGGAGAGCCAACGAAGAGAAGCAUAUUUGAGCAGUAUGUGCAGCCCUGCCUGGCGGAGCUGUUUGGGACAUGCCUGUUUGUGUUUGUGGGGUGUGCGUCUGUUAUUGGGAAUGUGGAUGGUAACCUCCAGCCUGCUGUGGCACAUGGACUGGCGCUGGGAGUGGCGAUCAUGAUGUUUGGGCAAAUUAGUGGGGGCCACUUUAACCCUGCAGUGUCCCUGAGCGCCUACCUGUGUGGAGGAAUGGAUCUUCUUCUGCUGGUGCCUUAUAUUCUGGCUCAGAUGCUGGGAGCACUGGGUGGUGCUGGUUUGACCAGGGCAGUGUACCCCUUCAAUGUGUAUGAUGGGUCCUUGGGCGGCGCCUUUCUCGUACCCUCUGAUGAUCUGGCUAAAGUCACACUGGCGGAGGUGAUAAUGACCUUGUUCCUUACCAUAGUGGUGUGCAUGGGGGCCAUCAACAGUCAAACGCGCUCACGGUUAGCUCCGUUCUGCAUCGGCCUCACCGUGACAGCCAACAUACUUGCUGGAGGGAGGUUGUCUGGAGCCUGUAUGAACCCCGCCCGAGCCUUUGGUCCUGCAGUGGUUGCCAACCACUGGAACCAUCACUGGAUCUACUGGGUUGGACCCACUUGUGGUGCACUGAUCUCUGUCAGCCUCAUAAAGUUUGUGUUUGGUGACAAGAAGACUCGAAUUGUGUUUAAGUGA